CCAGCAGCCAGUCGAGUUGGUUCACCGAGUGGUCGUAUCACGGAUUGUCCUGCGUGUCACUUGUUCUGGUUUAUAUCUACCCAAAGGAUUAAAAAAAUAAUAGGCCUAAAUCAAAACCAGGAGGACGACUGCACGCUAAAAAGGUAACAUUUUAACAGAGCCUGUUCGACAACUUGUCAUUGUGGUGCAAGCAUGACUGACGUGGCGCAGGCUGCGGCUGUAGUUGCACGCGAUAUGGAUGAUGUCACAAAUGAAGACGAGCACAACAUGAGCGAUGCAGAAACCAAAGAAGAUGAUGUGGCAGUUAGUGAAGAUGAAAGCGAGAAGACGUCACACGUGGAUGACAAAGCGAGUAGUGAGACUGACAAGACACACAUGAACGGAGUGAAACACAAAGAAGAAGUUAACGGUGUAGCACAGGACACAGAGAAACAGGAGGAUGAGCAACCUGGCACAAAUGAAGAUCAGAAUAUUUCUGAUGUGACACUUAAGAAAGAGAAACUCCUCCGAUCCAGAAAGCCAGUGACCAGAAGCUACGUGCCAAAGCUGAACAAAGACAAGGCGGAUGUGUCAGGCAAGUUUGAGGCCAUGCAGAAGGCCAGGGAGGAGCGCAGCAGGCAGAGGCACAACGAGGAGCAGCAGAAGAGAAAGCAACAAUAUAUCAAGGAGAGAGAGUGGAGUCGCAGGAAGCAGCAGAUAAAAGAACUACUCGCUUCCAGUGAUGAGGAAGAAGAGCUGAAGCCAGCAAAGGUAGAAAAAUCCUACGUCCCCAAAAUUACAGGUAGCGUUAAGGGGAAGUUUGCAGAAAUGGAAAAACAAAGACAAGAGGAAGAAAGGAAGAGGAUGGAAGCAGAGAGGAAGAGGAGGGAAGCUCAGGACAACAUGGAAAAGGCCAAAAUAAAGAAGGAACUGGCCAAGAAAGCAGCUGAGGAAGGAGAUGACACAAUCCUGGUGCGGGUCGUUCCAGCAAAGUCAUCACGACCUCCGGGCAGGAUCAAGGUGAACUUUGAAGACAUGGAAAAGAAUCGAGAGGAGGAACUACAGAAGAAGGCAGAGGAAGAGAAGAUGAGACGCUAUGAUGAAAACAAACGCUCCUUCAGGGAUGCUAAGCGGCUCUCGGUUGUUCAACAGGAAGAAGAAGAGAAGCCUUCGGAGAAGGCUCUAGUGACACCUGGAAAGCUGAAGCUGACAUUUGAGGAGCUGGAGAAAGAAAGACAGGAGAAGAGAAAGAAGCAGGCUGAAGAGGAAGCCAAACGCCGCCUGAUAGAGGAGAAGAAAGCUUUUGAGGAGGCCAGGCUGGGAAUGGGAGAAGACAAGGAGGAUACUCAAGCAGCUCAGGAAGACAAGGAGGAGUAUCGACCUGGAAAACUGCGGUUGAGCUUUGAAGAGGUGGAAAGGCAAAGGGUGGAAGAAGAGCGCAAGAAAGCAGAAGAGGAGGCCAAGAAACGAAUGGUGGAGGAGAGAAGAGCUUUUGCUGAAGCCAGGAAGAGCAUGCUUGUAGAUGAGGACGAUGAGGUGCUAAUGGCCUUAUUGAACCUGGAGGGCAGUAAGCCCGGGAAGAUAUGCGCCAGUUUUGAGGAGUUGGAACGGCAGAGAAGAGAGGAAGAGCAGAAGAAGGCAGAGGAAGAGGCCAAGAAGAGACUGGAAGAGGAAAAGAGGCUCUUUGUUGAGGCCCGCAAGAACAUGAGCCCUGGCCUGGAUCAGGAAAGGUCUGCAUAUGGAGAUGAAACAGCACUAGAUGAGGAAGAAGCGAUGGUGAAGAGUGAAUCUCAAGAAGCACUGCACCCUAGAAAACUGGAGAUCAACUUUGAAGAGCUACUGAAAGAGAAGGAGCAGGCUGAGAGGAGACGCAAGGCAGAGGAACGCAAAAAGAAAAUGGAACAGGAGAAGCAGGAAUUUGAGCAACUCAGACAAGAGAUGGGCGAGGAUGAAGUGAACGAAAGCUCAGAUGUUGUGAGCAAUGAGUAUGAAGAACUGACCAAGCUCAAGAGGACUGGCUCCAUCCAGGCCAAAGACCUCAAGUCCAAAUUUGAGAAGAUCAAGCAGCUGACUGAAGAUGAAAUUCAGAAAAAGAUUGAGAUGGAGAGAGCAAGGAGGAAGGCCAUUGAUGAUGAAAUUAAAGAGAGAGAAGCUGAGCGGUUCCAGGAGGAGGAUGAUGAAAGAGAAACGACUCCAGUGAGGCCAGAGGAGUCACCUUUCAAACAGAAGGUGGACAUGCGAGCCAGAUUUCAACAAAUGGCCAAAGCCAGAGAGGAGGAGGAGAGGAGGAGAAUAGAGGAGCAGAAGCUGCAGAGAAUGCAGUUUGAGCAGCAAGAGAUUGAUGCUGCCCUCCAAAAAAAGAAGGAGGAUGAUGUGGAGGACGAGGGUAGCAUCAUCAAUGGCUCUGCAGCUUAUGAAGAUGAGGAAGAGCAUGCCAGGUCAGGCGCCCCGUGGUUUAAAAAGCCCCUUAAAAAUCAAUCAGUGGUGGACUCUGAGCCAGUUCGGUUCACCGUUAAGAUCA